GCGCACACACCUGAGUUAAGGCCCCGACGUCGCCGCGUCAACAUGCUUCCCGCCGUGAAGGUCGCCCUGCUGGUGGUGGCGCUGGUGCUGCGGGUGGCAGCAGCGUCGCAGGCUGCGUCCGCCUCCGCCCCCGCCCCCGCCGCCCCCCGCGGCCGCUUCCCUGGCGGCGGCAGCUACGGCCCCAGCGCCUGCCCCGCCUGGUGCUACGACGGCUACUCGCAGGCCCCCGGGUACUACCCGCCGCCGUCUCCCGGCUACUACCCUCCCUACCCUGGAGCUCCCUACCCACAGUGGGGCUACAACCCGUUCUCCGCCAAGAAGAAGGACAACACCGGCUGAGGAGCCCGGAACACUGUGACGUCCACCUCCGCUGUCGCUUUAGCAUUUCAAGACUGUUGUUACCACGAGCUCUCUACUUUUUUUUAUUGUUUUCUUCGCUUUCGAGCGACAUUGUUCACCAAAUGUAAUUAAAUCACAUUACAGCAUUAAAAUAAUCGCCUUACUUGAAA